AUGGCGGCUAAAGGUAAUAUCCCUGAGUUCCGCACUCUUAAGGAGUGUCUUCAGUUUCUGGAGUGGUUGAAAAAUGAUGGGGGAAUGCAAGGUCAGGUCGCCAGUCGACUGGUACGCCUCCUAAAAAGCCGAUAUAAAGAUGCGAAACAGAGUGACAUUGAAUCCGCACUGUCGCGAUUUGUCGGCCACGUGUCUAACUUUCACAAGAAGUUGUGCACAUUUCCACGUAGUUAUUAUAAUGGUCAUAACAGUGCUACGAGAGUUCUCAAAUCUCUUCUUGCUUGCAUCCCUAAAUUCCUUGCCGUUAUGUACUUUUUGCGGUAUCAAGUAGACGAUAAGUUCAGUGCAGUGGGAGGGGGUAAAUGGGCAAACUUGUAUCCUGGGUGGUUCCAAUGGUUUAAAGUUAGAGGCGGGGAGCUGGAUGCGUAUCUUCAUGAUACAUCAAACGAAAAUAAAUACGGUGUCAUUCCUGGCGGUUUCGAUACGUCAGAGGUGAAACGUGGUGGUGAAUAUGCCCAGGGGUUCCUUAUGUCAGAUGACCUUAAAAGUAUUUGUGAAAAACACGGUCGUGGCUUCAACGUUUUCCUCGAUGUUUUCGUCACUUCCGUGUUUGGCGAUCACGGCAGCGAUAUUCCCAACGUUGCUAACGCUCUUCGCCUGGUGGAAGAUUUUUGUAAAAUAUUCGAAGACACAGAAAACGAAAAUGCAUUUAGAAUGGAUUUGGAAUCUAGGGGUAAAUGUAUAGAUUGGCCAGAUUUAAAAGGACAUUGCGCUACGCUAAAAAAAUCCCUUGGCAAAAUUUACAAGGAAGGAGCCUUCUCAUUCACAGGCUAUGGGAGGGAAUAUACAUAUCUUAACAAAAACAACAUCGAUAGGAAGAUGGCUAAGUGGCUAAAAAAACAUUUACAUGAUGUGAGAUCGAAAUUGAGCAGAAUAGUUUCCCAGCCGGACGUCAAUAAGUUUGCCACUACAUCUCUUUUCCCCUACGGAUUCACAUUUUAUGACAACGAUUUCAAAAACAAGGGGAAUCCUUAUCCGUCUUUGAGAGGUGAUUGGGACGCUGCAAUCCGUGAGCUUAUGAGACAUAAUGAUGGUUUGGAGAAGUUGAAAACAAUUUUGGAUGGAAAUGAGUGUUUAAAUAGAAAAAAGGAUAAGAAGCCUGAGUCUAAGCUUAAGCCUGGGACUCAGUCUGAACCUGAACCUGAGCCUGAACCGGAGCCUGAGCUUGAGUCUUCAUCCGAGUCUGAGGAUGAUCUUGAUUCCGAAUCUGAAGAUGAGAAUUCUUCUGAACCUACAAACGAGAUUACUAGAAUUGAGGCCGCGAAGCCUGUGGUCACCAAAGCCGAGGAUGCUAAAGCUGAGACUCGGAUGCUUUCUGCAACGCAGGGCAAGAAAUCUGAGGGAGCGCAGAACCAGGGCAAGAAAGCGGAGGGAGCACAGAACCAGGGCAAGAAAGCGGAGGGAGCACAGAACCAGGGCAAGAAAGCGGAGGGAGGGCAAAAUCAAAAUGGUCAGAGUGAAGGAACAGCGCCAAGUAAGGAAGUCGGAAAAACAUCUGAAGCUCAUACUUCCACUGCUAAAGAAGAUUUAGGCCCGCCGGGGAGUAAAGGUGAUCAAGGUUCGCAAGGGUCUAGUGAUCCACUGUCUCAGGCGGAUUCUACCGCUACUAACAGGGCGCCUAGUAUGUCGGACUCAACUGCUGAUAGACACGGCGGUGGAGGUUUAGGAGGGGAUGGGACGGAGAAUCGACAAGGACCCCAGGCGGAGAAGACCACGUCUCCAGUUCCACAGUGUUCUAACGGUAAGAUAUCAUCGUCGUAUCUUGGUGGAGGUAAUAUAUGUUUCUCUAUGUCCGACAUUACAGAUGAAAACAUUUGGGAUGCCCAAAGGCAAGGAAUGCUGGAAAACGAAUAUAAGGCUCUACAAGAGCAACAAUUACAACGGCAAUCUCGUGCUCAUCGGUUGAAGCAUUUUCCUCAGCUCAGUCGACCCGAUCCAAGUCCUUACCCUCAGAGUACAGGUCUCCGUUAUGAUAAUGAGCGUCAGUCCAUUGACUUUCGAAGAAAUGUCGGACAGGGGGAAGACGGUAUUCAGAGUGAUAUAUACGCAGAUGGCGUAGCUAUGGACGAAACAUAUUUCGAUCCACAACUUACGCAUAACAAUGCCGACAAAAUUCGUCUUGACGGUAGUGAGAAAUUAGACCAUUCAGGUCUCAAACGUCAACUGGACGAGGAGCAAAGACGUCAAGAUGCGGAGGAUCAAUGGGGAAAAUACUAUAAACGUCGAGAUGAAGUGCGGGCGGAAAUGCAGAAGCAAGGUGAAGUUAUUAAAAGGUACGAAACGGAGGCAGAAAACAAAUAUAAGUCGGAGGCAAGAACGCAAGAAAUCAUUGAACGUAUCCGAAAACAGAAUGAUAAGAAAAUGGAGGCAGCCCAGAACCUCGACAAAAAGUACGAACAAACAACACAAGAAAUCUGGAAAACUCAACUGCAGAGAAACGUUGAACAUAUAAUAAACAGUAUAGACGAUCCAGACGCCCAAAACAGAUUACAACAAAAACGUUUGCGGCAGCAAAAGAUAUCAGAGCAUCAAACCAUUAGUGCAUAUCCCCCAACAUCUACUCCCUCCACCCUUCCAAGUCAGCCCAGCCGUCCUGAUCCCGGACUUACCCCUCAGCCUACCGGUGGCCGUAAUAGUAAUGGACGUGGUUACUAUGAAUUAGGAGAGUGGCGACCAAGACAUGAGGUUAGUAGUGCUACAAAUAUGUUGCCUUCCGAUUUCAUUGCAUUUGCCAUCCCGGACACGUCUUCUAAGCAGCUAGAAGAGGAAAAACAAAAAAGGGCGAAAUCCGAUAAACAACGUUUAAAAUUGAAAAGGCGAACGGAGGAAAUGAAAUUUUCAGAUAAACAACACGACGCAUGGCAAAAAGAGGUUGUCAAACUAGGAGAGGCCAACAAAAAAUGGAAACGGCAACAGAAAGAUGUCGAACGUUUAGAGCAGUUGUAUAAUUAUGGAAAACGGCAGCAGGAGAAAAGGAAGGCAAAAGAGACAAAAAUGGAAAACUUGUUAGGAUGGGCGGAAGAACAAAACAAAAUGAAUGAAGAAGCGGAACGUAAGAACCAGGAGGCCUAUGAGGAACGUCAACGUCAACUGCAGCAGUUACAGAGUGACUAUGCACCGCUGCUUAGCGGCACUCCAGUUGCAGAUUUGCGUGAUUUCAUCCCGGAUGGCGAAGCUGUGCCGGAUGAAUCCUAUAGAGAAAUGCAGAAAGAAGAAGAGCGCAGGGCAGUAGAACACAAAGCCUAUGAAAAUUCAUUUCAUUUACAACAUGCGCAGGGCCGUGAUCGGCUUAAUACAUUUUUACUUGAAAAUAAUGAAAGGAUCGAACCCAAUUUGGCGUCAAUUGAUGGUGUUCCGCAAGCAGUUGUAGAAUCGCAAACGAAUGACAUACGUAGGAUUAUUGAUAUGGAUUUUGCAGUUCACAUGUCGGAAGGUCUGGAUGGUGGAGAGAUUAAAGAUGAAUCUCAAAAUACAGGAGAACAGGAACAUCAGCGAAAUGUACAAUUAGCGGAGUACGACAAGACGGUCGAGUUACAACGGGAUAUGCAACAGCAGUGGGAGAAAUACUCUCAAGAUCAAAGUAUAAAAACCAAACGAUUACAGCAGGAGCACAUACAAGAGGUACAAAGGACUCUUGAUGCAAUAAAGCAUUUCAAAGAUGUAGAAUACCAAAAACAACGAGCGGCCGCCGAAUCCUUAAGUGGUCAACCGAUUAUUUCCAAGAGUAUUUCUAGUCUCCCUAAAAUGCCAAAUUAUGCGAAUAAACCCACAUUUUCGAUGGCCACUGGAGCACCCAUUCGCAAUCCAAAUCCACAUAGUAUUUCUAUUCCUACGGCUAUGUUUCUCGCUGAGCCACAACCAACAAGGGGAUUAUAUAUCGACGUCCCAGACCGCCCUCCACCCAAAUUCGAUGACCCCGAGUUCUUCAUCGAAGUCGCCAAACAUACAUUGCCAGACAACCACCUCGACUUCGAUUUGGAUUUUGACGAUGACUCAACCCAUAUUAGAAAUGACACACCGCCUGACCUCGUAGAUCCAUCAUUUCCUGCAAUCUCAUUCAAUAUACCUCCUCCAGGCCCAGAGCAGUAUCUACCUCCGAGCGAGAAUCCCAAAAUUAAUACAGUCGAAUUUAAAGACACCUGCGCUCCCGCCUGGAUAACCCAUAAAAUCACCCCUAGCUCCCCCUACAUCCCCGAGACGGAGCUGUUCCCAUCGCAGGCACCGCGCACAGUCCGGGACAUGCUUCAGUGGCUGGCGGGGCUUCAAAACAGAAAACAUCAUGACACUCUGGAGAAAUGUAUUGAGAAGGCAUUUACUGCCCCGCAUAGUGACGCUUCACAGCUUGCACUUUCCGUCAACCACGCCAACAUCAGGCCCACAGAUGUAUUCGACAUACUCCAACUUACUGCCAUGUUUGCCCGUUCAGUCCUCGCCGCCAUUGCACCCAACUGGAAAGCAAGUGUGUCAUUGAAAACCGUGAAGCCUAAGUCAUCCGAGGAGCCUGAUUGCUGCGCCCUCCUCUGCCAGCUGCGUGACUACGCCUACGCCUGCCACUACCAGUUGCAAUUCCUGAAGGCGCAGUGUUCACGAGGAAAAAUCCAUGGUGGGUGGCAAGAUUGUAAGUACGGCAGUGACAUCACUGCUUCCAAGUCCCCCCUCCAGGCGUUCCUGACCGACAACUGGGACUCCGACUUCGAGACUCACCCCUUCGACCCGUGCAACCCCUGCCUCAAGAGCCGCGUCAGGAUGGGAUUCAGGAAGGAUGAUUUACCUGAGGAAUCGGAAAAUGGCAUCACCCUUUCCUCCAUCCUCACUCCCAGCUGCGGCGGUGAGGACCCCUUGCUGACACUGUGCUCCUACCUCAACUGCAUCACCAGGCGGACGCCGCGCACCACCGGGGAGCUUGUGUCCUUCUUCCAUAAUUUCGGGAAUGAGCUGUACGGGUAUGCUUCAGAGUCCUUGUCUUCACUCGGCAAUUCACUUUCCACUCCACAUGACCACUGCCCUGACUGGGACCAUCUCAAGAACUCGGACCUCCAAGCUGUCAGUGGCAUCCGGGGCUCCGAGUCUCUCAAGUCCAACUCCAACCACGACAACGAGCAUCCCCGUACCCUGUCCACUCUGGUUGGCUGCGGUAGUGACUCUGCCACUUGUCAUCCACGUUGCUCGCCCAUCACCUACCGGGCCUACGCCCUGUACUCCCAGAGCUUCGCCCACACCUACCUCAGCUGGGCGGUGUACCUGCCGGACAGGCUGUGGGAGUCACUUCAAAAGCUGCACUAUGAUCUCAAGAAGCACGUUAGUAUCAAGUGUUCAUCCCUCCACCUGUGUUCCACUGCGCCGCCCCUCCUCUACACUCACGGGUUCACGCCACCGGAGGUGGGAUUACAGCCGCCAUUCACAUGUCAACAGAUCAUCUCUAAGCUGGAAGAAAUCGUCAACGGCAAGCCUAUCGCAUCACUCAUGACCGCCAUGGACGCUUUCCUCUACGGCAUCCGGGAGCCAUUCAUCUUCACUCUCGUGUCAUUGUGUUACGCACCGCUACGCUACUUCGUAUGCGUAUUCCUCGGGCUCAUCAAUACGCUUCACAUAUGUGGUUGCAAUCAUUUCACAAAUUCGUCGCCCACUCGCUGCCUGCUACGGCCUGCUGGCGACGCUGGAGUGUUCACGACGUUGCAGAUGCCAUGA